GGGCUAACACACAGGGACAGACAACCAUUCACACUAACUAGCCUAUUUCAGUCUAAAAUGAGGAAAAUCCCAUAGACAUAUAAGUUAUUAUAAAACACCUCAUCCCUUCUUGGACUUCAGCGGUGUGGUUCACACAGCAGUGCUGUCCAUCUGCUUCCUGCUGGGAUUUCCUGGAAACACCAGUCUCAUCAUUCUCAAGCCAAACUGGGAGAACAUGUCCCGUCUGACCCAGAGUUUGAUGCUGAGUCUGGCUGUGUCAGACCAGCUCUGCUUGGGUAUCAUUCCAGUGCUGAUUUACUCUGUCCUCAAUUGCUGGCCCUUAAGCCUGGCGGGCUGCAAGAUCAUAAUAUACAUUGUGCACUGCAGCAUUUAUGGCAGCCUGCUGACUGUGACUGUGAUGAGUGUUCACCGCUACGUUCAGGUGGUGUACCCAGAAAGGAAUUUAGAUCAGGUAGAAACAAUGGUUGCAAUGAUCCUGUCCAUUCCAGAAUUAAUCAAUCGACAGCUGGUAAAAAAAUCGCACUGGACAAAAUGCCAAACUCAAUACAUUUCCCAGGAGCAAAUGGAUGAAGUGACUAUGUUGAUGGAGAUUCUUGUAGGAUUUGUGUCACUUUCUGUCAUUGUUUUUUCAUACAUCAGUCUCUACAUAAAGGUCAAUCGGGGAGCCUUUUUUCAGCAAUCCACAGACCACCAGACUGAUUACCAGCAUCACUGUGACCUUUUUUUUCUUGUGGAUUCCAUAUCUUGUCAUAAAUGCACUGAGUGUGGCAGCUAUUUUCUUGAAAGAUAACAGGCUACUGGAGCUUUGCAAGCACACCUGGACCACUGGCAAAGGGAUGCAAAUUCCUGAAACCACGACAGCAGGUGUUUAUGUCAACACGACAGUUUCUUUCUUAUUAGUUCCCCUUUGACAGCAUCAAAUGAGAACAACUUGAUCACCUGAUGGUACAUCUAUUAUAAUCACUUGCUUGGUGCACAAUAUUGUCAGCAAGCUUGAAGCAUGGCACAACUCACCACCACGGUGAAUACCCUUAACUUUUCCUCCACUCCUGGAUAUUCACCCAAAAUCUCCUGGUCCACUGGUGUGGCUCCUACGGUGGUGAUGUCCAUCUGCUUCCUGCUGGGAUUCCCUGGAAACAUCGCUGUCAUCAUUCUCAAGCCAGACUGGGAGACCAUGUCCAGUCUGAGCCAGAGUUUGAUGCUUAGUCUGGCUGUGUCAGACCUGCUCUGCAUGCUUACCAUUCCAGUGUGGAUUUACUCUUUACUCAAUAACUGGAUGAUAGGUCUGGUGUCCUGCAAACUCAUAAUGUACUUUGUGUAUUGCACCAUUUAUGGCAGCCUGCUGACUGUGACUCUGCUGAGCGUCCAGCGUUACCUUCAGGUUGUUCACCUGCAGAGGAGUUUCAAUCGGGUUGAAGCAUGGAAGCUGCUGGUUCCGCUCUGGCUGGCUGCAAUGAUCCUGUCCACUCCUGAGUUGGUAGUUCGAAAGCUGGUAGAACAACAACACUGGACAAAAUGCAAAAAUAAACACUCUUCUGAUGGCCAGAGGUUGGCUGUAGUGUUGACAGAGACUCUUGUAGGAUUUGUGUCACUUUCUGUCAUGUUGUUUACAUACAUCAGUCUCUACAGAAAGGUGAAUCAGGCAGCAUUUUUCAACAAUCCACAGACCACCAGUCUAAUUACCAGGAUCACUGUGACCUCUGUUGUCCUGUGGAUGCCAUAUCUUUCCAUAAAUGUUUUGGGUGUGGCAGCUAUUUCCUUGAAAAAUGGGGGACUGCUGAAGUUUUGUGAAGACAGCUGGAGCAUUGUUGGAGCAGUAACAUUUAUAAAUAGUGCAGUGAAUCCACUCCUGUACGCCUUUACUUCUAUUCAUUUCUCCACUCUGUGCCAAAACAUUGCUGAACAGUUAAGACAGAAGUUCAGAAUUCCAUAAAAUAUGUCUAAGUCAGCAGAUGUCACUGCAGAAGCAGCACCCCAAUGAUGAAAGGUCUUUGGGAAAUUGUUUUUUGGUCUGCUGAGACUGGAAAUAUACGCACAGGAUGUUGUAAUCCCUUUUUGUCACAGCGAGCUGUUGGUGAUUAAUGGUUUAAUGAUGAACUUUGAGUUUAAGCAACAGCUCCUCUCAAAUCAGCUGUGUGUGGAAAGAGUUAAAUGACCUGCAGAUGUCGCCUUUUAGUUGCAUUUGAAAUUUCAUUCUAAAUUAACAUGUGUACAUUUUAAUAAUUA